AAUCAAAGAACUCCAUGUUAAAGAUAGAUUCUUCCAUCCAACGAAUGCUUUCUUCUUCUUUCUUUCCUCCUUUCAAAAACCACCUCCAAAAUAUCCCCAAACCGCCCAAAGUCCUCUCCAAAACCGCUCUCAACGCAAUCCCUGUAUAAAAAAAGAAAGAAAGUCAAAAACCCAUCUUUCACUCUCCUCACAUACCGGCGAUUUUCAAGAUCUAAGCAGAGAGAGAGAGAGAGAGAGAGAGAGAGAGAGAGAGAAGAAAAGAAAAAUCAUCUGAUCUACGCAAAGCAUGGAAUCCCUCCCUCUCACGUGAUCUCCAUUAAAGAAAUUCCAAUCACGGUCUUUAGAAAAUCCUCCUCGUUUUCACACUCUCAAAGAACAUUCGAAAAACUCUCAAGAUCUGAAAAAGGGAUGAGACAUCGAGAUCUCUUAUUUCAAGCCAAACUCAGAUUGGAGAAUGUGAAAAAUCAUCCCAAGCUCUUGUGAGAUCCGACUAUCUAGAUCUUUGUAGAGGAGAAGCAGGGGAGAGGACGAUGGAGAAAUACGAGCUGGUGAGAGACAUCGGAUCUGGGAAUUUCGGCGUCGCCCGGCUUAUGAGAAAUAAGGAGACGAGAGAGCUCGUCGCGAUGAAAUACAUCGAGAGAGGCCUCAAGAUUGAUGAGAACGUGGCGAGGGAGAUUAUAAAUCACAGAUCGCUUCGCCAUCCUAAUAUAAUUCGAUUCAAGGAGGUGGUUUUAACGCCUACGCAUCUGGCGAUUGUGAUGGAGUAUGCUGCAGGAGGAGAGCUUUUCGAGCGGAUCUGUAACGCUGGGAGAUUUAGCGAAGAUGAGGCAAGGUAUUUUUUCCAGCAGCUGAUUUCAGGAGUCAGCUAUUGCCAUUCCAUGCAAAUUUGCCAUAGAGAUUUGAAGCUGGAGAAUACUCUGUUGGAUGGAAGCCCAGCUCCGCGCUUGAAAAUCUGCGAUUUUGGUUAUUCUAAGUCCUCGCUGCUUCAUUCCCGACCCAAAUCAACGGUGGGAACGCCCGCUUAUAUUGCGCCUGAAGUACUUUCUCGACGCGAGUACGACGGGAAGUUGGCUGACGUAUGGUCAUGCGGAGUAACCCUUUACGUUAUGCUGGUGGGAGCUUACCCUUUUGAAGACCAAGAGGACCCCAAGAAUUUCAGAAAGACCAUCGGGCGCAUCAUGGCAGUCCAAUACAAAAUUCCCGACUAUGUUCAUAUAUCCCAGGAGUGCAGGCAGCUCCUUUCUCGGAUUUUUGUUGCAAAUCCAUCCAAGAGGAUUACAAUUAAAGAAAUUAAGAGCCACCCAUGGUUCUUGAAAAACUUGCCAAGGGAGCUGACAGAAACACAACAAGCAAUCUACUAUCAGAGAGAUAACCCGAGCUUCUCCCUCCAAAGCAUUGAUGACAUAAUGAAAAUCGUUGGAGAGGCAAGAACCCCGCCGCCAUCGUCCCGGUCUAUCGGAGGCUUUGGCUGGGUUGGGGAAGAAGAAGAGGAGGACAAGGAUGAAGAUGUGGAUCAGGAGGAAGAGGAGGAUGACGAGGACGAGUAUGAUAAGCGGGUCAAGGAAGUGCACGCGAGCGGGGAAUUCCGUGUCAGCUAAGACCAUCGUUCUUGGGUCUCUCUCUUUUUCGUAAAUUUGAUUAUGGAUUUUUGUAGGAUCUUUUAAUAAAAGGUUUGUGUGUAAAAUUGUAGUCUUGCCGUCUGUAUGUGCUGUUUGGACUAUGUAAACUUGCAGUGGUAUGCUCAUGUGAGAGUGUCUGUCUAUUUACAUAGCUUAAAAGCUACCAAGAGUCUUGUGGGAGAUGGCUAAUGUAUGUGUACAUGCAUGGGGUCUCCACCCUAUGUCUUGUAAUUGGUUAGAACACUAGUGCUUAUUAUAUUUUAUCGAUUUUAAUUAUUUGCA